UUGUCACGUGACCGUCGGUGUGCGAAAAUUUUUUUUUUCUGGCAGGAGUUUACGGUGUUGUUAUUCCCACCGAAUGGUAACGGAUUGAUUGAUCCGACUUGUGAAGUUUUUAUACUUGUGAGAGGUGGCGCAAAGAAAUUUGCAAAAGUUAGUACCGGUAAGUCUGGACCUUCAGUAUGUCACAGAGGAUGCGGAAAAAUGUAUCGCCAUCAACAAAGCAAGGUCCCAUAAAAGCUGUGAAAGCAUUUUCGUUGAAACACAACACCCUGUCAGCUUCUUCAACUUCUAGAAGUUCUUCUCCAACAGUACGUAGUGAUCUAUUUCGAACAAAAAAUUCUCCUGACAGCAGAUUAUCACCAGAGAGAAAAAGCCCUAUUUCACCGUGUCAAAAAGAGAAGGCAAAGUGUCACCGCAGCCCAGCUCUCUUGCUACCAUGCCGACCCAAUUCUGUAGACCAGUUUGUGCCAUAUCUUACAGGACAAUGGCCCAAAGAUAUAAAUUCAUAUCAUCAUUACCAAAGUGGAGGUGUGUUUAUGUGUGACAAAUCCACACAGACAGUAGAAGAUUCUGAGAACACAUGUUCCACAGAGAAGAAAAAAGCAAAAAGCCAUAGACGAUCUGCAUCAUUUGGUCAUGGCGACUUGUCAAAAGAGUUAAUCAAGCAAAGACUUCAAAAGACAAAAGAAGGUAGCAGGAAUAGUGAAUUCAGCAAACAGAGACUGAGUCCCAUUCCAGGGAAUCACUUGGCUUUGUCUGUCACUGCUCCAGCAGCCUUCUUCUCCCAGACCAAGACUCUCAUUCCACCUACUGCGCACAUUCCACGUCACAGCAACAUGAACCGAUACCAACGUAACAGUGUGGAGGGCCUGAAUGUUGAGAUUGAGAAACUGGUUUUGAAGCCACCUUCAUCUGCACCAGAUAUGGAAGAAUCUGAAGUGUUUAUAAAGGCCCAUGACAUCCCUGAUGGCCAUCGUGCCCCCAUCCCAGAAAUUACACGUCUGAGCAGUACACGUAGUGUAGACACCCAGACGCCAUCAGCUCAGGUAGAGGAAGGUAGACCACACAGCGCUGCAAGUCGCUGCGACUCUCUCAGCCCAGGUGUCACAGGAGGGUUAUCUUUACCAUGUCAGUCGCUGGACCACUUGCAUGUGGACAGUCGACCUGGCUCCCAGGACAGCAAGUCCAGCAAGGGUGACAGUGAAUACAAUCAAGAUUCCCCAGAGCCCUCCAAGUUUGUGUCCAGUCCCAAGCUUGAGAAAUCAUGUCCUUUUGUUCGCCAGCCACCUGAUGGUUGUGAGAAGGUGAAGGCCAAGGAAGAAAACAGACAUCCGUCCAUCAAAGAACCACUGUUGUUCUGCCCAGUCAAGCCAAACCAGUUUGUCUUCAAGCCAAGUCAAGGGUCAGCCUUUUGCCCUCUAUACAAACACUAUCUGGGUGAAGGCGAACUGACGUCAAAUUUUCGACAGCCUCAAGUUCCUCUUCCAGUAUCCACUGUCCCAUCUCUUCCUUCUCAAGGUCCUGGAGUAGAAAGCCAAUGACACAUCCAGUUUAUGCCAUCCCUGCCCUCACUUCUUUCUUUCGCUUUCUGAUUGCUGUCCCCUGCCUCACCAAGCAGUCUGUUCCUGUGUUUCUACAUUCUGGCUAUGUUGUCUUCCUCAGGAACAGGCAGUGAUCUUCAGAGACAGUGCUGUGCAGUCCCUGCUCUGUUCCACCUGCUCUUCCAUUGUUAGAACUCCUCCUUUAGGUCAGGGAGACGACUGCAGGUUAAGAGAUCUUUUAUGUGACUGUCAUGCUUGAGUGCUUUCCCAUUGCAUUUGUCAGUCACUAGAUGCAUUGGAUAUCACAGAUCUGAGCAAUGCUUUUGACUUAAACCACCCUGUUACCAUACUGGUCCAAGAUCUGAGAUUUUUCAGAUGUCGCUGUGACUGUCUUAUGUGAUCAUAAUACUAAAACACUGCCAUAUUGCUGGAACAUAAUGCAGUUAAAAGCUGUCCAAUUAGAAUUUUAUGCUGUUACAGGAUGUCUUAAAUUUGUAUUGGCUUUCUAAUGCACUUUAGUUAUUCACUAUUUUUUCUUUCUUUCUUCCUCCGUCUUACCUCUUUCUAACCUUUGUUGGUGACAUUCCAUUCACAAAUGAUUCUGUGGAAGUUACUCUAUGUCUACAAACUCUUCUUUUGAUGAUUUUUCAUUUCCUCACUCACUCCUCAAUUUACAUAGCUUUGAAUUUUUGGAACUGAGCCAAGGUAUUUAGACUCAGGUGCAUUUAUCCUUUAGAAUAUUCCUGCUGGAUUUAUUUCUGGCUUUCCAGUUUACCCCUUCUUCAAUCUUCCCCAUUGCCGUCCAUUUAUUCUCUCAGAAACCUAAUGCCGUUGCUGCCAAUAUGCCACCAUGUUGGCUCCCACCAUCAACACUAAUAGCACUUCGCUGGCUAAAUUACACCCAUUAAUCUUGUUUGUAUGCUGUGUCAUAAACCUCCUUCACCCCUGAAGUCAAGUUAAAAGCUGUCAGAAAAGUCUGUUGGCUGUCGCAUACACAAACAUCAUCUGAAGGAUAUUGCAAAACAACAAGUUUCCCAAGGAGCAGUUUUGUGUGCUUUUACUGGCUGGUGAGGCACAUUUGCUUGUGAACUUUCUUCAAAGCAGCUGUUACAAGGGUGUUUGGAUGUCACUGGAGUGAAAGUAACCUCAGAUGUUUCCCCAGGAUUAAAAAAGAGGUUACAAGUAGGAAGCUUUUCUGUGCAUGUUGUGUCGCAGGAUCUAUUGUUGGAGGCGGAGAUUCGGCAUCUUGAAUACUUUCUACAGUGUGACAUGUGCCAGUGUGGGGACAUGAAGGAAGGUUGGCUGGCCUCGUUUUCCAUCACUAAAUGCAUUUAUCAGUGCACAGUCUUGCUUUUCCUGGGUGUGAUUAAAAUUGCCAUGACGUUGCCUGAACAAAUCUGACCAAAGGGAUUGAGGGAAAGAGUGAAGUAUUUUGUUGUGAUGAGAGUGAGUGUGUGUGUGCGCCCGCGCAGCAGCAGAGAUUGGUGUGAUUCUGGAGGAAGAGCAGCUAACCCUGUACAGAAAAAAAGCAACAGUCACAAGAUGCAAGAGCUGCUGUGUGAACAGCUGUCACUCAAUCUGCUUCAUAUGACAGUUAUUACUUCCUACCAAAAUAUGACUGAUUUCUGUCUUUGAUUUCAAGUUGAUGCAUUUUUAACAGGAGGAAACAUCUUUCAUUGCACACUGCUUUUACACUUGUACUGUGAGACAGUUUUUUUUUUAAUAUUGAUUGUUAACUUGUCUUUCUAGCAAGACAUCAGAGCAGCUGAAUGCCAGAUUUGUUACAAGCAAAUUUUGCUUUGAGUGAAGAAAGUAUGGUGUUUCCAAAGAUCUGAGUGUGGGUUUAUUUUAAAUGAAUUUGUUUUCUAGUAUGGAUGGAUUUUCAUAUGCAAACAUGUCAAGUAGUUUUAUUUUAACCUGUCUGCUCUUUUUUCAUACCUUUCUAUUUUUGGGUCUUUGCUAUUUUCAAAACCACAUUUUUUCACUUUACUCCACAAGAGCAGAAUGCUAAGAGUACUAACUUUUGCAUCAAAUCUGUAAUAGUUAUAUAAUUGAAUAAUUGUCUUUGAACAGAUGUAUGUUAAUUCUGAUGAUCCUUUCUAUUACAAUGUUUGCUUUUAAACAGAAGGGUAUAAAUAAUAAUAUAACAAUAUGUUGGACUGUAGACUGCUGCCUGGGCUUAAAGUUUUAAUGGAGCACAUGGAUGCUUUCAGCUUCAGGCAGCAAACAAAAACUAUUUUUUGUAAAAAAGAAAAGCACAGAUUAAGAAAAAAACACGAAAAAUCCCUUUUGGUAAUCAUCUCACUCUAAAUGUUUCUUAAAAAUCAUUUUUGGAAAUGCUAAAAAGUGCUUUAAAUCAUUUGGUCGUUUUUUUUUUUUUUUUUCAUUCUAGACUUUUUUCCAUCCUGCAUCUUUUAGUGCAAAAAUUCUUGUCCUGUUGCAGACGAGCCUUAAAGUGAAGGUGAUUUAAAUUUAAAAUACUUUUAUUCAAAUGCAUGAAUACUAUAAAUCUUAACAUUUUUUAUUGGCUUAGACAUUUGUGCAAGUCAUUUCAUCGUAUAAAGUUCCUGAGUAGAAUAUGCUAUUAUUAAGAAUUUGAUAAGUGUAGCAGUUGUAAACAUGGCUUAUGAGGAUCUGACACAUUGGAAAGGUAUUAGAUAUACAUGUUUACAGCACUUUCUUCAAAGGAUAGAUUUUUGUCAGUUGUUUGCUUUUAUAUCUUUUGUCAUACCUAUUUUACAGAGAGAGUUGGGUCAAGGGGGGUAAUACUUGCAUGCUUUGAAAAAAAUGGUCAGACUAUCUGCUUCAUUGUAGUACAGAUUUAAGAUUUCAUUGAAAUAAAAAGCAAAAGAUCCUUAUAUUAAAGUAUAAUAAAUAAUAUAUUUUUUAUUUUUCUUUCAUUUAUAUUUUUUUUUCUGAGUUGGUUCUAUUAUAAAAAUUAUUUAUUCACAAAGCAAGAUCAUAACUUUAGGUUUUCAUUCUAAUUGAAUUAAAAUAAACCUUUUUGCAUUUAAUACCUUCAUGAGUACUUAUGGAUUUAGUAGCAUUGUUACUUGUAUUCAGAUGUGUUGGAUUGUGAAUGUUAUUAUCAGGGCCAGAGUAGGAAAACAUUGCUGUCAAGAACCACCAUUAUAUUUUCUUUCAGUUGACUGUGUGUGUAUCAUGUACAGUCUUCAAUCGUCUCAGAUGUUUCACAGGGCGCCGAUGUUCAUAGACUACUUUUCCUUGAUUUGUGUUGGCAAAUUUUGGAUGAUUAAUAGUGAUCAAGUACUGUUCUCAGACAAAAGAGUUUACAAAUAUCUCAUAAAAUCAGACUAUAGUUAAGUUGUUUAUGCUGGUUUUAAGGUGUGUUCCAACCUGAAAAAAUUUUUUUUGUUUUGUUUUAUUUUCAGUCUGCUGACAUUUGUGGUGCUGCAUAAGAGUACCUAUAAGGGAUAUUCAUUAAGUUCAACUGCAACGGAAUAGAAUGGUGUGUGUGUUUAGGAACGAGAGUGCAUGGUUAUAGAUUUGCUAUUAAAUGUUACACUUUACCAUUGUUUGCUAACUUAAUCAUAACCUUUACUGUUAAAGUAACUUUUAAAGUUGAAAGUAUAAUUAUAAAUUUUCUUUUUUCACUACAACCCAAACUGUCAAUAUUGAUGAUCUGGUUUCAGUGUGCAUAGAGUUGCAUGCGUUUCUCCUGUCCUAAACACUGUUGUUUUAUUCUGUAUUUUUGGCAAAAUAUAUGAAGAAGUCUGAGGGAGAAUGUUCCAGUUUUUUUUUUUUUUUUUUUGUCUCCAGCAUUAAUGUUUGAAACUCAUCUAGAAGGUAAAUGAGCACUUUCAGGGGGAUAUUUUCGGAUUAUAUGUUCAUUUAAAUUUCUGACAGCAAGUUCAAUCUCUUGAAAUCAUUAUUCUGUGGUGAGGACAAAUUUGAACCUCUCUCGCUCUUACGCAUGUGUACUGUCUGUAUAUGUGCACAUGGCUUCUAAAUUCUGAGAAAUGUUUCGUGGCUGGUUGUGAAUGUGAAUACAGACUCCAGAUCAUACCAUUGUAAUAAGCAUUUUUCCUGGUACAGAUAAAUGCGCUCAUUUUGAUGUGCUAAUGUGCCCUUUCACCUAACAUUCAGGGUGUCAUUUUUUAUUGUUCCACUAACUUUUCCCCCCUAAUGUAAUAAAUACAUGUAGAGAAGUUUUUCUAACAGACCUGUACUUUGUAAAUGUUGCAUCACAUCCAUCUUUCAUCUGUGGUUUAAUGAAGAAGUUUGUGUGGGUCUUGGGGUGGACAUGGGAAAGACCCCUCUGUGCAGCUUCACAAUUUUGUACAGCAGAAAUUUCAAAGACUGACUGCUGUGACUGUGAUGACAUGUUCAGUACAGAGAACAUGGGAACAAAUCUGGUUCAAAAAACUCUUUGGGUUCCUGCCUCUUGACUGUAUAACUGCAGUGGAAGGGAGCUUCAGUUAUUUGUCUGUGAUAUACCAGUUAACUGCCUUACAUUGCUUGGCACUGUAUGAAAUCAGUUACAGUGUAGGCUGCUUUAAGCAGCUGUUUGUCCUACAGCCGUUCUUCACUAGUAUAUGUUUCAGGUUUUCAUCUGGUUUGCAGCUCAUUAAGUUCACAGUCUCCACUGCCACAAGUUGUGAAUGCAAUACAUGCUGUGAAGUUUGUGAACAGUUUUCUUUUGGAAGGUGGGUGGGGGAUUGUUUUUGUUCAAUUUGAUUUAAUGUUUCCAGUAUAAAGCUGUCAAAGGGAAAGGUCACAGGCAUCUUGUAUAAAGAGGGUGCAAUUCUGUUCUAGAAAGGUUAAGUUUAAUGACUUGAGAUGAAAUCACUGACCUAUGACAGAAAGUGUGGGGUUUUUUUUUCCAGAAUCAAAAAUUUUUGUCGUGUCAUGUAAAGGCUGUUGAAAUUUUUUUUAAAGGAUUGUACUGAAAGAUUAAUAAUUGUCAACAGCUACCUUGGCUACUAUCAGACUGCAUGGAUGUUUGUGAAAAUGAAUGUCACACCUGUAUAAUUUGACAGUUUAGUGAUAACGAAUGUUGCACAUUUAUGCUGGGUAUUGAAGUCUUUUAGAGAGUUCUGUCUAUGUGUUUAGUGGCAUUUGCAUUUGCUUUAUUUUUCCUCAAGAAAUGCAUUGUGUGCAGGCACUCUUUGGACUGCAGUGCACCUUAUGCUCUUUGAUGUGAUAAAACAAGUGUCCAAAAGUUAAAAGUCAAAGAAGUAUUAAACUUUUCAUUACACUGGUCAGUGACAAUCUCAUAGGCUGAAGGUUACAGAGCUUAACAAGUAUAGCCAGACAUUGAUCAACCACAUGAAAGUCAGUUGAAGCCAAUGUGAACUGUUUGUGGAGUGUCUUAAAUUCUGAACAGCACUGUAUUGAAGAUAGACAGACAACACAGUAGAGAGGUUGUCCCCAUGAAGCUGUUUCUGAACAGUGGUUAAAAUAAAUAGGUGAAUUUGUCUUUUUAAUAACCACCUGAUAACAGUGCAGUGAGUGUAUGUUUAUCUUGGUCCCCUUUUAUUAAGCCUUGAUGUGAAGUUAAUGCAGUGGGGGAUUAAGUAGAAUCAUAAUGAAAAUUGUCUGUGAGCUCCCAAAAAAGUAAAGCAUGUGAAAAUAAAAGGUAUUGAGGUGUGCUUGCAAGAGACUAAUUUACCUUUUUGCCAUUAGUGUACAAGAGAAUGUUGAUCUAUUGUUGCAUCUUUUAUCUCAGGAGUUUGUUUUGGGUGCUGGUUUUUUAUUUUUUCCAACAGAACGCAGCUCUGUGUGAUUUGUUUUUUCUUGCUUUACUGCAGAAGAGAUCCACUGAACUUUAAUGAUAAUGCAUUUGUAUACCACACUGAAACAGAGUAAGACAUGCUAUUUCUGUGAGUUGAAAGUUGGCAGAUUAAUUGCUCAUUUGCACAGUUUGUUGUUAUGAUAGUUUUUAAGCCAUGAAAUGAAAUCCUGAGAAAUAGGGUGAAAGGGAGGAAAGAAGCCAUUUGUCAUCAGAAAUGGGGUCUGAAAAGGGCAGUUUAGCAGUCAUGUAUGUGGUAAUAGCAAGAAUCAUGUAAUUCUUAUACAGGGUCAUGUGAUUUGAAGGUGGAUGUCAUGUCUGAGUGGUUUGUCUUUGCUGUGCUGCAUUGUGAGGGCAUAAAGCCCUUGUACAUCUACAGUCAGCUCCGUUUUUAGUGAAAAUGCAUGUGCAUUUAUGAAGACUCUCUCUCUCAAUAAGUCCUUGCAUUGAUUGAUGGCUUUCUCUCAACUCCUGUUCAAAUAAGUUUCAGUCUGGGAUUCUGUUGAUUUUUUUGAUUGCCUCAACGCAUCAAAUUAUUGAAUUUUGAUACCACCAGAGUUAAAGUUUCUUGUCUCUUUUUUUUCAGAAUUUUGGUUUGGUUCUCACUGUGAUAGUAAAUAAGAAAUGCUUACAUAUAAAGACACCUUUUUCUAAAAUGUUGCUAGGAAAAAAAAACCCAUUGCUGAAAGUGAUAAGAGCCACAUCAAGGAAGAGACCUGUGUGUGUGUGUGCACAUGCGAGUGCAUUUGGUUUUUAUCCUGUUUUGAAAGUUGGGGUGCUGUAAGGUCUGUAGUUUCCAAGGCAGCUGCACAUGCAAAGUGUUUGGGUAGAAGGGCAGCUUGUGUCUGCAGCACAACAGUGCAUAACUCUAGCCUGUCCUUGCGUUUUCUGCUGUAGCAGAGUGUCAAGUAAAACACUUUUAUCUAAAAGUAAAGAUUUUAUUAGUUGUAUGGUAGAAGCAGCUCUGUCAGUGAAAGUGCUUGUCUCUCAAAUGAUGAAUGUUUUUCAAAGCGUUUUAAAAGCUACAUUGACCAUUUCUCUUUCACAGUAAUUCUGGCCAUCUUUAACUGCUAGAUAAGAGGAUUUGGUUAUAGUAUUUCUUGUGGUAUUUGACUCAAUAUAUAUGCUGUUCUCACUUUGUGUAUGUGUGUGUGAGAGAGUGUGCUGUAGGGUCAUGUUAAUAGGUGCACAGAGUAAGGCAUGACCACAUGUAUCAUCGCUACAUAUAACAAGAUAAUUCUGCCUUGUCUUUGCGCACAUAUACAAAGUGUUGCUGGCAUCAACUUUUGUGAUUACAACGUAAAAGGUAGUAUAGCACCAACUUUGAUUUUUACUAGAAAUUUCUCCCUCGAGAAGUGAAAUAUUGUAGUUACUCAGAUCCAAAUUUGUUUAAGUAUAUAUUUUAAUGCUUUCUUUUUAAUUGUCCUGCAUUUCUCCACUCCUCAGUGACACAAAGACGUUUUGAUGAAAAGAUUUAUUAUUUUUGUUGGGCUAAAAGCUUGCUUAAAGGUCCUAAAUACUUGAAGUGUUGAGAAGAAAUGUUAAGGGAACAGUCUAAUUUUGAUUUUCUGUUCUUGUAGUGGGUGGAUGUGUCUCUCAAGCUGACAGAGCAUUUGUUUGUGCUUCACAAACAUUUCUUCUUUGUUUUGGAUUUCCCUCUUCUCCCUAUUACCUGGUCACAAAAUUGUCCUGUUUCCAGCCCCCUAGAGAUGGUGAAUUCUGGAUCUCUUGGACCUUCACUUUUGGCUACUGUUUUCAGGGUCUUUGAAUGUCAAAUAGAUCCUUUUAUUGGCUGCUUUAUUUACUUGUCCAUACACUUUUAUUUAUAUCAGAUUUAUUCCUUUCUUCUUGCUUUAUGAGUGAGGUCAACUGCUCUGAUUGUUAAGUGGGAUUGUGACUAGACAUAAAGAAACAAUAAUAGUUUAAUAGAUAAUAGUUGUCUGUGAAACCAGUUAAGUCUUCUUGCUUCUCCCACAAAUUUAUGAAAGGCUUCUGCUGUAAAGCACAAGUAUUAACAUGGUGUUUGCCAUAGCUCACAAAGUGAUCAAGCCUAUCGUACGAGGCCAACAGGCAUAUAUAUAUAUAGUGUGAAUGAGAGAUAUGCUUGUGUAUGUUUGUGCAUGCUGCACAUCUCCAUAUGUGACUACUCAAGUUUCACUGUGGGGAAAAAAUAAAAUGGCAUGGCAUAUCUCAAACUGAUAUAAAUAUUUUUGUGUUUGUGAUUGUUGAAAAUAUUUAUAGCAUGAGGAACUUAUUGAAGUUGCAGUUUAUCUAUAGAUUAGUUUUCUUUUCCCAAAAGUCUUGAGUUUUAAACUGAUAUAAAUCUAUUUUUGCUUGCAUUCAUGCAUUGAGGAGAAAAUGCUUGUACAUAUAAAUUCCAAGAGUGUUUCAUUCAACGAUAAAUAUUUAUUGUUUGACUAAUUUAGUUUAUUUCAUUACGAGUUCUGCCUUAGAAGUGUUGGUCUUUUUAUUAUUGCUAUUUCAAUUCCAGACUUGAUUUGUAUGAAAUCUUACAGUGUUACCAUCUAAUUGUCUUGCACAUUUUUUAGAUGAUGAUGAAUAGUUGAAGAAAAAUGGGGGCAAAUGAUAGGUUUUGCAAAAUUUAAGCAUCAUCAUGGAUCUAGUGCGGUAUUUAUAGACUGCUUGAAUGUCAUUUCACCAGCGCUAGAGGCUGCAGUCAGUUUAAGCGGGCAAAAUCGAAAUAUUUCAUCUUUGCUGUUCAGUGUGUAAUGUACACACAUCAUUCCACUAUAUACAUGUCAGGCUUUUGUCAUGUAAAACCCAGACCAGUUGAACAGAAUUGAACUUGUCAUGAGAGUUUAUUAUAGCCAUAUUACCAUGUUUCCAGUCAGUUUCUGUUCAGAAUCACAUAUACCUGAAGUCUGCAUUAGAAGCUAGACAUAUUAUGCAAACAAUAGUUUCAGUUUAUCACAUAGACUUUAAUCAUAAAAGAACAUAACAAAAUGAUAAAACUGGCUUUUUUUUUACAGAAUGCAGAUGAAAACGUAGUGCACAAUAGAUGUGACAAACGAAUGUGCCAUUAUAAGUUGGGUUUUUUUCUGUGCACAAUACUGUCAAAGUAGGCAGUGCACGUGAAAUGUAACUUGAGAGAAAAAGCCUAGUCUUUCUUGUGCUUACCAUUUUAAACAUGAUUGUCUGGGGACACACCAGCCCCACAUUUUUUGUUGAUCACUAUAACAUUCUGAUUGGUAAUAUAGGACAGUAGAAAUAAAAUUUUAUCAUUCUAUACAAAAUAA